CGAUGAAUGCCAGUGUCGUGAACGCGCAUUUGGCGCUUACGUCAUUGAAGCGCCUGGGAAAGUGGAGCUGGUGGUGCUGGCAAGAGCGGAAAAAAUAAGAAACGGGAAUGAAGCAGACCACUUCCACUUACCGGAUAUAAUUGGAAUUAUUAACGGUCCCCUAGCAAAUCUGGGUGACUAGCAACGUUGUAAGCGGGAUUUGACGAGGCUCAUCCUGGAAGUGGAUACCCUUUGAGAUUUUCAGCAUUGCAGAUAAUGGAUUACUUAUGAACUGGUCUUCAACGUUCAGCUGCAUCUGCCCUGUUCAAUACACACACACACUCAUUUAAAAAUCAACUGAUUUAUUUAUUUUUUAAUUUUUUUUUACAAUAUAAAUUCACAACAAGAGUGUAUUUUAUUACAUUUUAUUUUAUUGCAGUAAAACAACAACUUUGGCAAACUUUUUACCUUGUUUGACACUAAACGAAAACAACCAAUGUAAUUUUAUAAUAACAAAAAAAGAUUGUUACAGUGGUUGACUUGUAUAAAAUAUGAAACAUUAUAAUAUAACCGUGAUUGAAUUAAAAUAAAAAAAAACACACACACACAUUGAUCAUUUUUAGAAAAAAACAAACUUUUUGAUUUUUUUUUUUUAGAAAAAAAAAAAAAAAAAACUAAACGAAAAAUAAAUCUGCUCUACUUUAACAACCAUGUACGGCAGUGGCCGGUCAGUGGGUAAGAUGGACGGGAGUGGAAACAAUCAGAGCCCUGGCCGCUCCCCCAGGCUGCCGCGGUCUCCGCGAUUGGGCCACCGACGGACCAAUAGCACGGGUGGGAGCUCGGGGAGCGGUGUGGGCGGAGGGAGUGGGAAGACGCUGUCCAUGGAGAACAUCCAAUCGCUGAAUGCCGCCUACGCCACCUCAGGCCCCAUGUACCUGAGCGACCACGAGAGCGUGGGGUCCGACCAGCCCAAGAGCACCAUGACACUGGGCCGCUCCGGGGGCCGGCUGCCUUACGGGGUGCGCAUGACCGCCAUGGGGAGCAGCCCCAACAUCACGGCCACCAGCGGCCCGGGAGGACCUGCACACAGCGGGGUAGCCAGCGACACCAUCGCCUUCGGGGACCACCACCUGCCGGCCGUCAGCAUGGCUUCCACAGUGCCCCACUCCCUGCGCCAGGCCCGAGAUAACACCAUCAUGGACUUGCAGGUCCAGCUGAAAGAGGUGCUGCGGGAGAACGAGCUGCUGCGCAAGGACGUGGAGGUGAAGGAGAGCAAGCUCAGCUCCUCCAUGAACAGCAUCAAGACCUUCUGGAGCCCUGAGCUGAAGAAGGAGCGUGCUCUGCGCAAGGACGAGGUCACCAAGAUCACCAUCUGGAAGGAGCAGUUCAGGGUCAUGCAGGAGGAAGGCCAGCACCUGCAGAUGACGAUCCAGGCCCUUCAGGAUGAGCUGCGGAUCCAGAGAGACCUGAACCAGCUCUUCCAGCAGGACAGCUGCAGCCGCCCCAGCCAGCCCCUGGCCUCGGAGCUGACCGAGGAGAACUUCCAGCGGCUGUACUCUGAGCACGAGCGGCAGGCCAAGGAGCUCUUCCUGCUGCGCAAGACCCUGGAGGAGAUGGAGCUACGCAUCGACACCCAGAAGCAGACGCUGGGCGCCCGCGACGAGUCCAUCAAGAAGCUGCUGGAGAUGCUGCAGAGCAAGGGGCUGUCGGCCAAGGCGAGCGAGGAGGACCACGAGCGCACACGCCGCCUGGCCGAGGCAGAGAUGCAUGUCCACCACCUGGACAGCCUGCUGGACCAAAAGGAGAAGGAGAAUGGCGCUCUCCGCGAGGAGAUCCAUCGCCGGUAUGAAGGGGCCCCCGAGUCUGCCAAAACCAAGGCUCUGCAAACCGUCAUCGAAAUGAAGGACAGUAAGAUCGGCACCCUGGAGCGCGGGCUUCUGAACCUGGAAGAGGAGGUGCACAUGCUCAAGUCAAACGGAGCCGUCAGCACUGAGGAGCGGGAGGAAGAAAUGAAGCAGAUGGAGGUCUAUCGCAGCCAUUCCAAGUUCAUGAAGAAUAAGGUAGAGCAGCUGAAGGAGGAGCUACACCAGAGUGAGGUCCAAAGGGAGGAGCUGAGAAAGCAGGCGGCUGGCCACCAGCUCGAGAUUGACCAGGUGAAGCAGGAUCUGUCUCGGAGGGACACGGAGCUGCUGGCCAUGCAGACCAAACUAGAAACCCUGACCAACCAGUUCUCAGACAGCAAGCAGCACAUUGAGGUCCUGAAGGAGUCCCUGACUGCCAAGGAGCAGAGGUCAGCCAUUCUCCAGACAGAGGUGGACGCCUUGCGGCUGCGUCUUGAGGAGAAGGAGACAAUGCUGAACAAGAAGAGCAAGCAGAUCCAGGAGAUGAACGAGGAGAAGGGCACGCUCACCGGGGAGAUCCACGACCUGAAGGACAUGCUGGAUGUGAAGGAGCGCAAGGUCAACGUCCUGCAGAAGAAGAUCGAGAACUUGCAGGAGCAGCUCCGGGACAAGGAGAAGCAGAUGGCCAGCCUGAAGGAGCGGGUGAAGUCUCUGCAGACCGACACCUCGAACACGGACACCGCUCUGACCACACUGGAGGAGGCGCUGGCUGAGAAGGAACGCAUCAUCGAGAGGCUGAAGGAGCACAGGGAUCGGGACGAGCGUGAGAAGACAGAGGAGAUUGACAGCAACAAGAAGGAGCUCAAAGAACUGAAGGAGAAGGUCAGCCAGCUGCAAGGAGACCUCUCCGACAAAGAGACUUCUCUUCUGGACCUGAAGGAGCACGCCUCAUCCCUGGCUUCUUCUGGCCUCAAGAAGGACUCCAAGUUGAAGAGUCUGGAGAUAGCGCUGGAUCAGAAGAAAGAGGAAAUCCUCAAACUGGAAACACAACUUAAAAAGCACACUGAGCUCUUGUCAGGCCAUCCCUCCAAACUCGCCCUGGAGUCUGCGAUGGAGGCGCGGAUGAGCACAGAGCUGUCUGAUCGGAUCCAGGGCUUGGAGAGGGAGGUGGAGCGGCACAGGGACGAUGCCAGCAAGGCACAGGCAGAGGUGGACCGCCUGCUGGAGAUCCUGCGGGAGAUGGAGAACGAGAAGAAUGACAAGGACAAGAAAAUCACUGAGCUGGAGAGGCAGAUGAAGGACCAGAGCAAGAAGGUGGCUAACCUGAAGCACAAGGAGCAGGUAGAGAAGAAGAAAAACGCUCAGCUGAUGGAAGAGGCUCGCAAGAGGGAGGACAACAUCACCGAGAGCUCCCAACAGCUCCAGGACUCCCUGCGUCAGAAGGACGAUCGUAUUGAGGAGCUGGAGGAGGCUCUGAGGGAGAGUGUGCAGAUCACUGCAGAGCGAGAGAUGGUGCUGGCCCAGGAGGAAUCUGGCCGCUCACACGCAGAGAAGCAGCAAUUAUAUGAACAAAUGCAUGACUCCAACCACGCUGGCUUUAAGUGGUUCAAGAUGGAGGAGCUGAUGGCCGCCAUGGAGAAGGUGAAGCAGGAGCUGGAGUCCAUGAAAGCCAAGCUGUCGUCCACGCAGCAGUCCCUGGCAGAGAAGGAGGCUCACCUGACCACCCUCCGCGCAGAGCGCAGGAAACACCUGGAGGAGGUGCUGGAGAUGAAGCAGGAGGCGCUGCUGGCAGCGAUCAGUGAGAAGGACGCCAACAUCGCGCUGCUGGAGCUCUCCUCCUCCAAGAAGAAGAAGACACAGGACGAGGUCACCUCGCUCAAGAGGGAGAAGGACCGCCUGGUGCAGCAGCUCAAGCAGCAGACACAGAACCGGAUGAAACUGAUGGCUGAUAACUACGAGGACGACCACCUGAAAAGCUCUCAGCAUUCCGACCAGACGAACCACAAGCCCUCCCCAGACCAGAUUAUCCCCCCUCUUUUAGACCUCAACCAGAACCGCAGCAAACUGAAGCUGUACAUUGGACACCUGACCGCACUUUGCCAAGACCGGGACCCCCAGAUUCUCCAAGGGAUAGCGCCACCCACUUCAUAUCACCACGACGACCGAGCAGCUUGGGAGGAGGAGCUGCAGAAGAUGAGCUUGGAGCAGCUGGAGGCAGAGCUGGAGAAAUGCGAGAAGGAGAGCGCGGAACUCCAGGAAUACGCCAACACUGUCCUCCAACAGAUAGCCGAUCACUGCCCUGACAUACUGGAACAAGUCGUCAACGCGCUGGAGGAGUCGUCGUGAUGGGAAGGAAGGGGAAUCUCAUCUGCUCCCUCGCUCUGCAAGAUCCCUCCAGUCUCAGGUCCACUCUGAUGUCUCAGUCCGGUGUCUGCGUGUGUGGGGGAGAUCAAAGGACAGGUCUGAGUUCUACCCUAGUCACUCAGCACAGCAACAUCUGUUAUGUAAAACCUUUAUUUGGGACUGGAAAACUGCCUCCCCCUCCAUCCCCAGUGUUUCUGGUGGUAUGUCAAGCUUCAUUUUAUCUGUCAAAUCAGUGUUUUGUGAUUUGCAGUGUUUAUAGAAAGAAAGAAAGAAAUAGCAUACUGUAGUUUUACAAUUCCUCUUUAUUAGUACAAUGAUUUAUUCCCAUGUCGCAGGACAGAGACAAUGGUUUUAUUGUUGAAGCAAAAUAAUAAAUAAAUGAACAUAAAAAAAAACAUUUAGCAACUGCUAGCACCUUGUCUGGUCUUUGACGAUUGGGUGAGGAGGACAGUAUGAUUUAAUGUAAUAUAAUAAAAUAUAAAUUGGGAAUUCCCAGAUUACAAAACUGACUUGGUACUGUACAGCUACGGCCAAACGUUUUGCAUCACCCUAUAGAAUUAACACAUUUUGCUUCAUGAAGUCGAAUGAAACCUGCUGAAUAAUGUUACGUUAACAUAUUGAAUUACAUACCGCUUUGUAGUUUUCCAUAUACUUAACGAUAAACUGAUAAAUUAUAAAAUUUGGCAUUUUACUUCUAGUAUGGCUUCCGGUAGACUUCUGCCAUAUCAUUUUGUAGUUUCUUUGAUUUAUAUGAUGUUAAAUAAAAAUAUCUAAAUUGUGUUCAUAUAGUUUAAAUUACGUCUCAAUCCUAAAAUUCUAGGCGAUGAAAACAUAUGUCCAUAGCUGUCGUCCAUUCAUGUAAUGAGCUAGUAACUUCCAAAAGGAAAACCUCCUGCCCUUCUCCAGGCUUUCUAGCUGCAGAUCCAACCAAGUUCAUUCCUGAUAGUGCAAACACAGCCAGUGCAGUGCAACCAGGUUUGCAGUCCUGCCUUGACAAUAUCGCAUCACGCAAAGUUUUGUUAGCCCCUCUAACUGGGCAGAAACACGAGACAUCUGCGAAGAUGAUCUCUGGUCAGCAAUGGUAUGGAGCAUCACCUGGAGUUUUGAGAUCAUGCAAAACAGGUGGACCACCCAUAAAAUCAACUAAACACAUCAGCAACAUGGCUACAGCUGCACAGGCAGGGCUAGCCUGGCCAAACACAGCUGCAUUGGUAGGGCGGUGCAGGCGUGGAUGUCAGCAGGACAUGUUUCCUCUCCUCCAUUAGCCAUUUUAAUUGCUUUUUUUCUUUUUAACCAGUUCCUUUGUUUGUAAACUGUUUCAUUACAGUUUUUCUCCUAAUCUGCCUUUACCUGGCGCUGUUGUCUGAAGAGCCCUAAGCGCUGGGGUGGAGGUUGAAUUGUCACGUGACUUGAAUGGAAGGAGGAAGGCUGUUCAGUCCUGGCACUUGGAAUUCUCCAGACAAGCUCAAGGCUGGUAAAGGCAGAUUUUGAGGAGAAAAAACUCAAUCUGGGAGCAGCAGAACCCAGAACUACUCAGAAUAAUUGAACCCUGUAAAACAGAAAGGGGGGUGUAAAAAAUCUAUUAAAUCCAUGCUGCUUUUUCUCUGCUUUUUGCCUCCAAAACCUCCAAGAAGAAGCAGGCAGGACUUGAACUUUCCAGUCAUCAGAGUAUUAAUUCAAAGUAUCUAUGCAAGAUGAGGGCGCCUCAGUUUGGCUAACAUGCGUAAAGAUGGUUUCAUUGCCAUGUUAAGUAUUUAACCUCACAGAACUGGGGGGGGGGGGGUACAAGACAGAGAAUACAUGGAAUUAAUGGAAACAAGUUCACAGCUCAUCAUGUCAUUGUAAUUGAACUGUAAAACCUACGUCAGCUAAAGAAACUCAUUUCCAGCAGACAAAUGUUUCAACAAGGCCACAGUGAAAGAUGGCUUGAGGAGACCUUACCAAUCUACUCAAUUCUUUUCAGUCCAUAAAACAAUGGGAAAUUGUCUUUAAAAAUUGGUUUAGUAUGAGCAGAGAGGUUUAUAUAAAGUGAAGGUAAGGAAACCACCCUGAACGGUCACAUUUUUGGGGUCAAACUGUAUUAAUUUAUAUGGUUCAUUUUUUGAGUAGCUGGUCCGUUUCGCAGACUGGCAGCUGACCUAAAAUAAUGUGUGGUUGCAUAACAUCCCCUUUCUCUAAACAUUGGCUGAGGUUAGGGUGAUUGCUAGUACUGAGGAUUGAUAAAGGAAUUGGUAUUAUUAUUAUUAUUAUUAUUAUUAUUAUUAUUAUUAUUCACAAACCCUUGACCUGAAAGCGAGCUUCUGAGUUUUGCUCUUACCGAGUAGCUUUUAAGAUGUUGAAAGGUUGAGCGUGGAUCGAGGUUCAAAUGGGUCUGCCUUCCCAGUUUAAUAGCUUAGUUUGAAGACAGGGCCACAAGUCUGGUGCUGGGAAACUGCAGGUGGAAGUAUGUUUCCCCUGGCUAUAACAGGAAAGUGGCACCAAUGUAUGUUAUCUUUCAAUUAAAACCUUUAAAACUACAGCAUGUUAUUAAGGAUACUACAGAUUGCUAUAAUAAUGAAUAAUGAUGAAGCGGUGUGUUAUUAAAAGUUACUAGUCUUUUAGUUUAAGUUAAGUCACCCAUCUUUUCAUAUUUAUAUCAGGAAUUUGAAAGUUGAUCCUACACUGUAUCCGUGGGGAGAAAGGCAUGGUUUUGUCAUAGAGUAACACAGUAUGCAGUGUGGCAGUUUUGUCAGAAAUGCCACUUAUUUUCAAAGUUGUGCUGCUAACAUUCUAAACAUUUGUUCUUUUUUAGUAAGUUGUUUUUGUACAUGGCAGAUUUCUGACAAAAGGCAUAGAAGAACACAACCCAUGACACAACAGGUGCUUUGUGGUUUCCUCUGCUUUUUAUGAAUCUUCAGUUAAGGUUUUGUAAAUGAAAUAAACAAUUUCUGUGCAAUUUCCUUAAAGGAAACUUUAAUAACAUUAAAAAAAGAGCACUUUGUAAAGAAUACACCUGAAACAGUAAAGUCAGAACUGGAAUAGAUGGUAUUCUAGUUGGCAACUUAAAAUAACAAACUUAACUAGUGGGCAGAACUUGACUGCCUAUGCACAGUGGCUUUGAACUCAUCUCUUUCAAUAAUUGGCAGAUACUGCUUUUUACACCAUUGUUGUGUAUCUAACACUAGGCUUCUAUAAUCUGACAGUAACUCCAUGGCAAGAUCCAAUUGAAGUGUAUUAGGUUUAUAUCAUUAGGGCCAGUUAACCAUAGAGUUUUGGUCUAUUUUUCUUUUUCUAUACUGUAUUUGUCCUCUCCCUGUGUUUGAAAGGAUUACAACCCUGUAGUUUUGCAAAAGGAAAGUGGGUCUAAGUAUUCUAUUCAGAAUAAACUUAAUUCCCUUUGUAUUACUUUUUUUUUUUUUUUGGCAUUAAAAGCAGAUGUGGGUCAAAGCUUCUCGUAACAGAAAUUGGGGUUGUGAAGUUAGCCCACCCAGAUCACAGCCAGCACGUUCCUGCACGCAGCUGCCCCAUUCCCCUGGUGAACCUACAGCAUGGCAUUCCAAUCUAAUAUACAAGGCUUACCUUGAACAAGUCUUAGGAGAACUCCAUCGCCCACUGAGCUCUCUUGUUGUUCACUAUUUGAUGAGCGGACCACAAUUUUACUCCAUGUUACAUUUACCAUAUAAUUAAUUGCUGUCUGUUCACCAUGGUCUUCCAAAGUUUAGCGAUCGAUCCACUCUUUAGAAAGUCAUUUUUUCAUACAGUACUGCAAAUGUAGGUUGAGCUCCUUUGAAACUAAACCGGAAGAAUCGUAUGUUUAUGACUUAAUGAUAACAUUUUAUAAGAAAUGCCUAAUUCUUUACAGAAAUAUUGUUUAACAUACUGAUAACAUUUUACAGGAAGCACCUAUAAUCUGAGGAAGAAGGAAUGAAUGAAAAUGGUAACCACAGAAAUGAUGCUUACACCUUGGGCAAUUGUGGCACAUUGUAAAAAAAACACUGUACCACGUAAAUGGGACAUAGUGCACAUUUUUCCCAGUACACAUCAUCGACAUCCAUAAACAAUCACCCCCCAUUCAGCAAUUACAGUGUACAGGCACUAGACACACAGCCGUGCAGAGGUCAGCAGCUGUCUGAGCAGGGUGUCAUACUGGUUCCCCCAGGGAGAGUUCCUGUUAAUCUUUGUGAAAUGUACAGAGCUCCCGCUUUAGAUAACGACACGGCUGGUGACUCGGCUGCCAGUUAGGAGCUUAGUUGGCUGAUUCAUCAUCAGGGUGGUUGAAGUCUGGUGGUCGGCUGUGGUGUUUUCCUCAGGCUGCGAUUACUGAAGCUGGUCGUAAGGGCAGCCCUCUCCUCUCCAGAGCUUCAGCGGUGAUGGUUGUGAAGUCUGGAGGUUUUCUUGGUUACACAGGAAAACCCCAUUAGUCAGAUCAAAUGGGUGGGCUAGCCACAAGAACGAAAAAGGCAAAAUAAACAAAGCUAGCCAGAGGCAUAGACAGUACAAACCCCAUUAUCUGAACCGCUCCAUUAACACAACUGCAGGCAUGCCCACGAGCAUAUACAGAGACUUCUUACUGCUCAACAAUGCGAUUUGCUUUGUUCAUAGAGGUAAAACUACUGUAAGAAACUUUAUCAAGUAGACCAAUGUUUCAGCUGAUGCCUUUGAUUCCUAAAUGAGAAUAAGUUACUGUGCUGUAGUUUCUAAGUAAGCUCCUCUUUAUUCUAAAGUCUAUGGAUACAAACGACUUCCAACAUCUACAGAGCAGUUUCGAUUACAGGGUUACUGCUAGAUUGCUGGAAACUCACAGGUCUAUUUUAGCAAGUGUGUUGUUUACCAUCUGGAAAAAUUUGUGUGCUUUAUUUACAUAACCUUAGUUUAGUUGUGGGAAAAAUUCCAAAAUACUUUAUUGGUGGUAAUCAUUUUUUAUAAACAAGAUCGUAAACAGGCAAAGGUAAACAGCAGUACCAUAUAAAACAGAUCUCCUGCUCGUACUUUAAUGUUAUGAAGCCCAGAAAUACUGUGCUUGCGAGAUAAUGAUGUGGUCAUAUUUCUUGAAAUGAGUUUUGCCAAAUUAUUUGUGUUGUCAUUGUUAGAGUGAAGUGAAGGGGCGUGAAUGCAGUAACACACUCCAGGGUGUUCAUACAGGGUUCAUUAUCCGCAGACCGAGAGGUGGUGUUCGGCACAAGGCAAAGCCAAGGCCUGCAUAUUGUGGACGACAGUAUUUGAAAUCCGUGGUGUGUAUUAUUGUGCUUAUUAAAUGGCAUCCCCACCCCUACCAAAGUGGACUGGCUGUCAAGUCAAUCAGUUCCUCUAUUCUUGUUAUUUCAGGUUUCAAGAGUACAGACAGUCACUUUUUAUUAACCAGCAUCACAUUUCCUUAGUCAUGUUCAUUCACAAAGACUCCUCGAUCUCUGCAUUUCCUCUCCCAGUGUCCUGACAAUACCCCCUCGACCAAGUCGUUUGAGGCAAAGCUUUCAUAUAAAAGCACAAUGAAUUCAAUAUAUUCAUUUGUGAUGUUCAAGCUCGAGGGUGUUUUCCAAAACUACUGGCUAUUUCGUCAGCUUUGUUUUUUUUCUUUUUUUUUUUUUUUUUUUGCUAUAAUAUUUACAAUGCCUUUUAAUCCUUUCUAAUGUGCUGAAGCAGAGCUCAGUUAAAAUGAGUUGUGUGUCCAUAUAAAGCUGUGUUUUGUUUCCCUCCUGUGAACGCACCUAUUAGAAAAGUCUUUCUCGAACAUUCUCAGACUCCUUUAGGUUUUACAGCUCUGGGUUAGUCGCUUGCCGCCAGAGUGUGUUCUUCUGAAUCUGGGAAGGGGCUUGUGGAAUCAUUAGCAUGCCACAUUAAACACAGGCCACUCGGUCAGUUGAUAAACAGAACUUAAUGCUUAAUUUGCUCAGUCACUGUUUCAUUAGCCAUGCCAAAUGAAGACCAGAAGACUGUUUAUACCAGUUUAUAACAGAGGAAGUGCAGGUCCCCUUGUAUAUUAAACACGAUUGGUGGAUAAUUUGCAUUGCGGAACGGAUUUCGUUUUCAAGUGCUGUUUUUAAAACUGUCUGACUGUUAGGAAUACGCUGCUAUAAAAGCAAUAACCAUAAAAAUAUAUAGCUUGUUUUCUGGAGCCCAUGAGUACUGUAGAUACAACUAUGCUUCUAUAAACUAUACAGAAUUGGAGGGUCUAAAACUGAAGUGCUAUACUAAUGUUGACAUAUAUUAACCCAUGCUAUUGGGAUCUAGGUGUCCAGAUUAACACGUGUUCACUGUCCCCUUAAUCUAAGGUGACCAUAUGGCUCUGUGUUCAGCGGGACAGUUCAGGCUUUUCAACUCACAACCCAAUGCAUUCUGGUCAGUGUAGUCCUGCUUCUCUUAAAGGAAAGAAUGGUACCUGAGACAGGUAAAACCUACCAGAAUGCACUGAGUUGUGAGUUGAAAAGCCUGAACUGUCCCAAACUGUCCCUCUGAACACAGAGCCAUAUGGUCACCUUACCUUAACCUUUCUAUGAUUGUUUUUCAAUCAUUCUGAGCAGAUCUUAUUUCAAUUAUUCAAAUAUAGUGUUUGUUUAUGUGCAAUCGCAGACUAAAUUAUUUGGGCAGUUUAAAAAAAAUGAGAAAAACCAUAAAGAAAGUGAUUUUCCAUUGAAUAGAGUAGUUCCUGUUCUGUGUUUGUCAAUAAUAGCCCACACAGUGCUUUUCGAUAAACUGGGUCUUUCUGCUAUUUUUCUGGUAGUUUCUCCUUUUUCGUUUAGUUGUAUCACUGCCAUUUUGAGAUUGUUGCUGUACUCUUUAGUUUUAACCAUUUUAUUUUUUUUUAAUCACAAAUUUCCCAUUUAUUUUUCAGCACUUGAUGAUUAUGUAUUUAUUUAUUCUAUCAUUAUUAAGUGUUGGUUUUCAAUCAUAAAAAAGUAUGACAUUCGUUUUUGCAUAUUAUUUUUCAUUUUAUGAAUUUUAUGCAUGUUAUGUAAUAAUUUUUGGUUUUAUUAUUAAGCUGAAUCUCUACUUUAAUUGAUAUCUUUCAAUAGAACAAUUAGAAAUUAUAGAAAUCACAUUCUUUGUAAUUUUUCAAAAAAUGUAACUGGCCAGAUACUUUUGUCUGCGACUGUGUGUGUGUGUGUAUAUGUGUGUGUGUGUGUAUAUAUAUAUAUAUAUAUAUAUAUAUAUAUAUAUAUAUAUAUAUAUAUAUAAUAUAUAUAUACAUACACAUACACACACACACACAGUGUUAAGGUGUUUCAAGCCCAGUUUGGGUGCUAUUCUGAGUUGCUAUUCGUUGCCUGCCAGAGGCAUAAUGUAGCCCUUGCUAGAUCAGCCGAAGGGACUUUACAGAAGUAGUGAUGGAAUUAAAAGAAUAAUCUUGACAGUGAAUUAAAAUAGGGCUUUUCUAAAGCACAAGAGGCACUCUCUGCUGCCCUUUACACAGUUUCUAUUUCAUGUCAAACAAGCCUUUCUUGGGUGUGAAAUUGUCAUGCAUCACUUCAGUUCUGGACCCUAUGGUUUGGAUUAUUGGUUGCUCCCUGACCACAAGUCACCUAUUAAAGGGAGUUGCUGGACAGAGACGGUUACUGUUCUAAAGCCAGCGAGGCUAAGCUGAAAGAAUGGUAUUAAAAUAGGCACAAGCGUAUUGGAGCAAUAGAGAUGCAGAGAGAGAAGUCUGAAGUCUAGUGCAGACGUAAUGCCAGCAAAGCCUUCAAUUCAGGAAUCAUGAACGAGUAGAAUCGGAAUAUACUUUGUAAAUAGCAAAGAAAGUUCUGUCGUUUGGAGGGUGCAUUUUUAAAAAAAAGAGGCAUUAAAGCAUUAGAGAAGAGCGGCUAUGCAAGAGUAUAAUUUCAAGUGAAGACAUGAGGGAAAGAUAUAUUAUGAUUGCUGCUAAAUAGUUUGGAUUUCACUGACAUACAUGAUAAAACUAUAAUACAAAAAAUAAAACUACACAACAGCCACAAUGGCACAAAUUAGUAGCUACCGUUGACUCUGUUACACUCUUUACCUCACGUGCGUUUACUUCUUUUCAUAAACUGCAGUAAGAAUAUUAAAUCGUCCAUGUAUUGCCAGUGUAUACUAAUUAUAAUAAUUUUUGAUUUCUUAAAGGUUAGCGAAAAAGGUAUUCAGUGCUAAAACUCUCAAUUUACUCUACAUUUUAAAAAAUUCUACAUAACCCUGUUUACAAAUGUAGUUAGUCACAUAUGUUGGGAUACUAAAACAGCAAUUAGUCACGAUGUUAAAACUCCCCAGGCAAACAAUGUCCGUUUUGGGUGUUCUGUUGUACAUUCUUUUUAGAAGACGUGCUUUUCGUUUUGAUUUUUAAAGUCUGCGAAACUUAAGUGAUUGUUUAGAUUAUACUUACAGGGGGAAGAAAUGCCAGAAAACAAGGUCUUUAUUUAUACAUACCUUAAAGCAAUGGAGUGUCGAUAUAAUUGAACCGUUUAUCUGUGUGCUGGUAAGAAAUAAUAACAGCACUGCACGUUUAUUGGAUGGAUCAUUUAAUAGUGAUUUGUUGUAAUUAUUAUAAAAGCAUUGAAAUUGGAGUCCCACUGGGUCAAAAAGGCAAUUGAGCUGUUGGGAAUAAAGUGAUAUUUAUUACAACAGCAACAAAAAAUACCAUUCUGCCACCAUGUCAAAUCGUACCGAUAUGGAGGGUUAGGAAACAGGUCCACUAGCCUGGACUUAGUGAAGGCUGUCCAGUACAGCUUCUGUGCAUUUUUUUUUUUAUGUUUCCAAUGUUAAGGUACCAUUGAUAAAUAAAGCAAUCAAUCAAUAAAUAAUAUUGUAAUGUAUAACACAUGAAAAUCCCCAGUGAACUUGUAGUGUGUACUGAUGGUCCAUUUUGAAAAUUCAAGUGUUCAAUUAUUUAAAAUGAUUUUUUUUUUUUUUUAAGGGAUUUUCUUCAGUGACAAUAUAUUAACCAUGUCUGGUGGUGUGUGUGUGUGUGUGUGUGUGUUGGUUUCCUGUCUUCAAGUGUUAUAAAGAUAUAUAUUCAGGAUGAAGGCGCCAAUAAGUAAGCAUUAGUAGCAGUGUACUUUCUACCAAACGUACAUACAUAUAUAUGUAUAGAUAUAUAGAAUUAAUGUAAACUUUUGCACACAAUGCGAGGGAGGGAUAGCGAACAUAAUGGUUACCGCUGAUGUCUUUUUAAAACUAAGAAAAAAAAUAAAAACUUGUUUCAAAAACUUUGUCAAAUCAAGAUGUAAACACAAAGAUUUUCAGAAAUGUACGCGUGUUUGAAGAAGUACUGUGACUCUGUACUUGGUAUCUCUGUAUUUCUUUAUUUCUUUAGUUUUUUUGCAGCCUGUUGAUGAAAAUAAUGUCUGUGUGAUUCUGAGACUGCGGUAUUGAAACUGUGAUGUGUUUUAUAUAAGCAUAACUGAAAAUCGUGUACGUGUCUAACAGAGGAGAGCUCCAACCAUGGUGUGGUUCUUAUAGGCUAAUGAAUAAGACCUUUCCUUAUUGAUUGUGAUGCCAAUACAUGGUCAAUUAAUCAAUCAAUCAUUGAGCUGCUUUCUUUUUCUGCACAUUUCGCUGACGUCUUUUCAAACGGCAGUUUUUUUCUGCUAAUUAUUUCAACUUGUUGAUUUAUUGGUAACUUUGUUUUCAGUCAUUAUUACCUACAAGUCGAUUACAACGUUUACCAAAAUCUGUUAACUUGCAGUACGAAGCUUGUGUUAAAGGUGUUUCUGUAUUUAUAAGUAUUUUGGAAUUACGCUAGAGCUUGAGGAACAGAUUUGGUAACUUAUACAAGAUUUAAAAAUAAGAAAAUAUUUACAGCCUAGUGUGUUAUUUUUUACUGAUUGCAUUUUAACUGGAAAUAGGUCUGCCACUUGUCAGUUAUAUUUUGAGGGUAUUAUUUAAAUACAGAAAAGACCAUUGGCAUUCGGUUAUAAUAGGAUCCAAAGGUUCAUUCCACCACCCAGUAUAUAAAAGACAAACUCAACACAGACCAGAUGCUAAAAUGUUUUGUCAACAAGGAAAAAAAAAAGCCACACGUUUCCACUGAUCCUGCACAACAGACAGCAGGCAUCUCCAGUGUAAUCCCUUAGAGACAACAUCAUUUAAAAAAAUUGCAAGCAGAGUAUAACUGUGUUAAAACCGGUGCCUAGUACACAUUCUGCAAAUGUUUCCGCACUGCACAGGGACAGCAGAGAACGGCUCUCCUAAUUAAACCCUGACUCGAGCACUCGGAGGGUGGGAUGUGGUUCUUGCCAUACCACAAACACCACCUGCCGUUACACAUGAACCAGAACUGGGUUUAGACGUCCCAAGCUCUCGGUGCUUCGAGACACUGACUUGCACGGCCUUUUCAUUGCUCGUCUCUUUCUUAAGGUAUGUAUUAACCUCUCUGUCAACAGUCCUGCCUUUUUUCUCUUACGGGUCCGUCAUUUAUAGGAAUAUACUUUAUAUUUGAAAUUUAAAAAAAGAAAUAAAAGUCUUGGUUUGGGCUCUCCUUCAACUUACUAACAAGUUCUUUUUUGUAUUUUUUUCUGCAAUUGACAAAAAAUGUGUAUUGCCUUUAUUCAUCUGUGUGACAAAAAAAGACAUUGUAUUGUAUUCAUCUUUGCCUUUGUAUAUAUAAACACUACAUUAUCAA